UUCUCAAUAAAAAUCAUUAAUUUAGUGUUAUCACUAUUACUGAUAUAUGUGUCCGCUAUUAAAUCACAACCAUCACAACAAUACCGGUCCAAUCGUGGGUCAAACUUUCCGAUGGAUGAUAUCGUGGCAGCGAUAGCCACGGCUGCCAUCAACGGUGCCAUACCAUUCAAUAAGCUGCAUAUGGGGCCCAACCCUAAUCGUAAGGGCGACGCACCGCUUAGGAUACCUAUACUGUUAAUCCGGGCUAAGGAUCUUAAAGGCGGCAAAAUUAAGUUUGAAAAGAAAGGAUGGAUAAAUGGACGCGCGUUUCGCUUUGAUAGGGAUUCACAUAAAAAAGACUAUUCACCCAAACCUAUGUAUCCAACCCAUGGACUCAAAGUAAUACCGGCACCAAAGCUGGACUUUGGUGGCUAUAAUAAAAAACAUAAUAACUUUAAUAAGAAAUCUAUUAGACCAAUACAGUAUUUUAAUAAUAAGGACAGGGAUGUAAACAACUGGAAUAAUAAUAAUAAUAAUGGUGAGGAUAGGUUUCAUCAACUUAUUAAUAACGAAAGAAAUACUAGAAAUCAACUCAACAAUUAUAAUACAAAUAAUAAUCGAUUCAAUGAUGAAAACUUUAACAAUAAUAAUAAUAAUAAUAAUGGAAAUUUAGAUAGACUACCGGUUCCUCAGCCAAUAAUAGGCGGUACAGUGGACAAGGAUUAUGAUUAUAAUAGUGAAUCAUUGCCGACACCACAACCAUUAAAGCAAACGAUAAAAGUGCCAACAAUUGUCAAACAUGUCUAUAAUGCUAACACACAGGUAGAUGAAUCGUCGGCGUCGUCAUCGCCAUCAUCGUCGGGUGCAUCAAAAAUACCGGCCCGUUAUCUAAAAGAUAUGUCUGAUCCACAAUCGCAUAGCGCUAUUCAAUCACCACCACUUGAAACAUAUAAUAGCAAUAAUAAUGAUAAUAAUAACGAUAAUAAUAAUAAUGACAAUAACUUUAACAACAACUUUAACAAUAAUUUUAACUAUAAUAAAAACACUAAUGAGGAAACUUAUGAAACUACCAGUGCUAAGCCAUUGCCAUUCAAAUGGACCGACUUUAGCAAUACUGAGGCAAAGAGUACAGUGCCGUCACCACCAAUCAGUCACUUUUUCCCGCCGCUAAAAGACCAACAAUCGGUUUCCUAUAACACAGAACCGGUGGUCAAUCAUAAAUCGGUAUAUUUGGGUGACGUUAUCCACAAGUCUAAUGGCGAAGUGGAAGAACAGGACGCAAAUCUCGACAAUAAUGACCCGUUGGCCGGUUAUGCAAAAGACCCGUACGAUAAACAACUGAUCAAUACUUUGAAAAACUUGAUGGCAACGAGUAAGGAAAGACAUCCGAUUAAUAUCGGAGGACUUACUGGCGCUAAGGAUACCGGAGCAAAGGCUACCAACUCUAAGACGCCGACAAAUCAGUAUUUCCAGACAUCAUCCGGUAAUUCGGGAGAUAAUGCAUUCACUAAAAAGACUGUACCCGGUUUCAGCACAACAUACAAGUCCUCCUCGUCAUCAUCAUUGGCCACUUCACCGACAUCAUCAAACCAACUGUUUUUGUCACAAACUGCACCACAAUAUACAUACUCACAAUCAUCAGAACCUAUAUCUCAUUCAUCCUCUUCCUCCUCGUCCUCCUCACGACUACCAGAGUCUUUGUUUAAUCCAAUCACUUUCAACAAUCAGCCCCUAACAGCUCAGACCUUGAAUACGGCUCAGAGCGCUGUCAACGAUAAAUAUCUGUCCACUCGUGGAUUCUCGAAAAUUGAACCAUUGAUCAGUGGACAGUUACCGUUGUUCGCCAAAGUUAGCCAAUCAAAUAAACCGGUAGCAAUUGAUUUUGAUUAUAAUACCGGUGCCCAACCACUGGCAACCAAAUCAUUUUUUGCCGAUAGCGAUGCGGCCGAUGAGUAUUUGUCGGCUCCGUUAUCAGCCGCCGGACCAACAUUUAUACCGUUGUCAUCCGGUUUAUCCCAGUCAUCACCGCAGAGCUCUAACAUUGCAGGCACUGGUAGUAUUGUCAGACCACUGGCCUCUCAACCAAUGAAAACCUAUAUACUGACCAACAAUUAUCAACAAUCAGCUAAAGUACAGAACACUGAUGUGGACGACCUGCAGAUGGCUGCCGAUGAAUAUGCCGUUUCCAACAUUAGACCAUAAGGUUAGGCCAUAAAUUGAAUAAAAAUAUUU